CGGGGGAGGGGAGGAGCGCGGAGCGCGCGCGCCUCCCGGCCCUGGCGGAAAGUUUUUCCUGAAGGAGUUUUGGCGGCGGCGGCCAGAGCGGGCCAUGGACGCGCUCAAGUCCGCCGGGCGGGCGCUGAUCCGGAGCCCCAGCCUCGCCAAGCAGAGCUGGGGGAGCGGCGGCCGGCACCGGAAGCUGCCUGAGAACUGGACAGACACACGGGAGACCCUGCUGGAGGGGGUGCUCUUCAGCCUCAAGUACCUGGGCAUGACACUGGUGGAGCAGCCCAAGGGUGAGGAGCUGUCAGCCGCCGCCGUCAAGAGGAUCGUGGCCACGGCUAAGGCCAGUGGGAAGAAGCUGCAGAAGGUGACUGUCAAGGUGUCGCCACGGGGUAUCAUCCUGACCGACAGCAUCACCAACCAGCUCAUUGAGAACGUGUCCAUUUACAGGAUCUCCUACUGCACGGCAGACAAGAUGCACGACAAGGUGUUUGCAUAUAUCGCUCAGAGCCAGCACAACGAGAAUCUUGAGUGCCAUGCCUUCCUCUGCACCAAGCGGAAAAUGGCCCAGGCUGUCACCCUCACAGUAGCCCAGGCCUUCAAAGUUGCCUUUGAGUUUUGGCAGGUGUCCAAGGAAGAGAAGGAGAAGAGAGAAAAAGCCAGCCAAGAAGUGGGGGACCUCCCAGGCGGGGCCCGCCGUGACAGCACCCCCAUGCUGAAGAACCUGGUCGUCACUGGGAACCUGCUGGACUUGGAGGAGACGGCCAAGGCCCCGCUGUCCACGGUCAGCGCUAACACUCCUAAUGUGGAUGAGGCACCGCGGCCCCCAGCCUUGAGCAACAGCAGUGUCGUCUGGGAGCUGGAUGACGGCCUGGAUGAAGCAUUUUCGAGGCUCGCCCAGUCUCGGACGAACCCUCAGGUCCUGGACACGGGACUGACAGCCCAGGACAUGCAUUAUGCCCAGUGCCUCUCCCCUGUGGACUGGGACAAGCCCGACGCUGGUGGCACUGAGCAGGACGACCUCUUCAGCUUCUGAGGGCCCAGGGCGAGCAGAACAGAACCGACCACUACAUGAGACGGACCAAAGCCACCCGCGGUGGGGGAGCCAGCCCAGGACCCACCGUCCCACCCUCUUCCAGACCUUCAAAUCAAAGCUGUUGCCAGUGAAGCAGGGGAAAGAGAGUUUUUUUUUAACCCUGCUCUUUCUCUAAGAACUGAAAGAUGCCUUGAAUAUUUAUUCAGUGACUCUCCUGGUUUAUGCUCGGAAGCCAGUUUUGCGUCAGACGUCUCCCACUGUGUAACGUGCGCAGUGUUAGAACCAGCUUCCUGCUCUCUUAUCCAGCAACCUCCAUUCUGGCUGUGGGUGUCAGGACAAUGACCAAAGCAUUUCUUGUACCUUCUUUCUUUUUAAGGAUCCAGCUUUCCCUGGAGGCAUUCUUGCCCCUUAUGGAAAGCGGUUGGAUUCCCAUUUUUGUUUGAGCACAGGGUGGCACUCACAACCUCUGGAGAGAGCUGUGUCCUCAGGCUCGCCUUCCUCAGGGCCCCCAGCGGGCUGGGCUGGAGCCCCUGGACCGGUGCUCUCGAGACAGAGGGGCUGGCCCUGACCAAAGACCACACGUAGCUUGGCACUUUAAAGCACAGACGGCAGGCGUGGGGAUCCCUCGAUGCUGCUGCAUUGAACAGAGCUUUCUUACCACCCUUCUGCCACGAGAAGGGGCCCAAAGUCCCAGUGAUGGUCCCCACCCAUGCUUGGGACCAGUGUAGCUGGCUGCCCGGGGACUGCCAGAGUCCGACUGUGACAGUGGCAGCCACCACUGUGUGGCCGCCCUCCACUGGAGCCCCUACUCCAACCCCGUCCAGCGGGCCAGGUUGGCAGGUGCUUCUGUUUGUUUGUGUCUCUGUGUGUGAAUCUCUGUGAGCCCUGCCUCCCCAUACUUCUGGGAUAAUGUGUGAGACCUAACAUCCACAUUUCACUGAAAGAUACUUUAUUGCCAUUUUAUGGGUGAGAAAACUGAGGCCACAAGCAAGGGAUGGGUCGAGUCGAGCAGAACCCACACCUGAUGCCAAAGCUGCUUUCUCCAUCCCCACCUUCCCCAACUCACACGUACUUUUUUUCUAGCUUUGUUGUCCUCCCAGGAACCAAAAAGCCCCAGCUAUUUUCUGACCAAAAUGUGUUUCAUAACAAACCAUCUGGUGCCUUUCUACACAGAACUGGCAUAGCCUCCGUGCCCUGCUAACUGUCUUGCUGUUGAUUUCCGUGAAAAUGAAAGUGUUUGAAGUCUGCUAAUUCAGAGGGUGAAACAAAAUCACAUUCUGUAAGCAUCAUGCUGUUCUCUUUCCUGACACUGGGAGCCUGGGUCGUGGCGCACCAGUGGCAGGCUGCCUUCAGCAUCUGCCUCUCCUUCCUCCCCUCUCACCCCUGCAGAGCUCCCAGCAAGGCCAGGGGCCUCCUGUCCAUCACGAGGUGCUUCAUGGCCUGGCUUUGCUAAGCUUAAGUCUGUUGGAGCGGGUUUCACCAGAUCCUGGAAAAACACACACCACUUCUGACACCCUGCUUAUCUAACUAAGUGUUAGAAUGAAAACACGUUAGAAGCAGAAGUGCCUGGUGGUCGGGUGGGGUAGGAUUUGUAGGAUCACCCAUUCCCAGCCCUUGCAGCCUCCCUGCCGCCAGCCUCCCUGGCCUCAGCCUCUGUAUUUGUCAUGAGGCAGCCAGGGUUGGGCGUGACGCAGACUGCCCUUGGCAUGAGGGUGCCAGGGGUCCUGAGGAGGACCGUGCUGUGUUUGCAUGAGCCACACUGACAUUUGUCUCGGACCCUUGUUGACAAGCUGUUGGUGUGUUCCCCUUGGGUCUGACAAGUCUUGGUUAUGCUUUACUUUGUGAUGCUGUAAAGGAAGUUCUAAUGAGGAAAAAGCAAUAAAUGUUCUCCUUUUGAAAUACA